GUGUAAUUCUACUGUUAGUGUGUCUGACUUUGAGACUCGGAGACAUCCUCACGGCAGGGAAUCAACUCACCCAGAAACCUCUCAACAUUAAAACAAAGAGGGCUAAACAUGCUGUCUUCCAUUAUUGCGAAAAGACUGGUGACUGGGGUGUGCCAGGCAGCAUGGAGACCAGCAGUGGCAGGCCUGAUACCAUCUCGUGGUUACCGUGGAGACGCGCCAGAUGACACCAGGGGUGACCUGAUUGAGAUCCCUUUGCCCCCUUGGGAGGAGAAGCUCAGCGAGCCCACUGACAUCAAGAGACGGCGCCUGCUCUAUGAGAGUCGUAAGAGGGGCAUGCUGGAGAACUGCAUAUUGCUCAGCCUUUUUGCAAAGCGAUACCUGAACACAAUGAGUGAGACUCAGCUGCUGCAGUACGACAGACUGAUUAAUGAACCUAGCAAUGACUGGGACAUCUACUACUGGGCAACAGAAGCCCAGCCCACCCCUGAGGUUUACCAGGGAGAAGUCAUGGAUAUGCUGAAGGAAUUCACAAAGAACCGCAACCAGGAGCAAAGGUUGGAUGCGCCCAGCUUGGAAUACCUGGAAAAGGAACACCAAUGAGGUCUGUGGCUCCCUGGACUCUCUCAAAGACUCAUACUGGGCGGGGCACUGAGUGAAAUGGCAGUGUCAUAACCCACCAGAGAAAUCUUUCUCUCAUGUAAUCUCCAGUUACAUACAACAGAGUGUAAAAAAUAAUGUGGAGCGCAAAAUAUCUGGAACACUUAAUUAUCACACUGUCUCCACGUUCUGCAACUGUUUCAUCUGUUAUGUCCUGCCUGUCAUGAUGCGGAGCUGCGUGGAAGACAUGAAGAUGGAAGCUGAGGGGGUUUUAGCCUCAGAAACGUGUGAAGAUUGUUGCAUCACAAUAUUAAGGAAGUGUUCUGAAUAUUUGACAUUAAUUGUAUAGGUUUCUUGUGGUGGAAGACUGUAAAUGGAAAUCGAUGAUGUAUCUAUAGUAGACAAUAAAAUAGCCAUUCAUUAGCGUAGCUUGUUGAAUCGCCAUGGCUUGGUUCUGUACUAUAAUUUUACUGUGCCUAUUACAGACAUUAUGGGUUAUUUAAUAAAUGUUGAUCCUCUA